AUGAUAUUUUAUUGUGGAAAAGUGAUUUUAUUCGCGUUUCUAAUCGCGUUAACUUUGACAGCUGCGCAAGACGAUUCCUUUGAUGAAGGAGAAUCAGCAGAAAUAGAAAAAUCCACCAACAGUACCACUACAUCGCUAGCGGAGGAAAGUCAAAAUCCGAUAUCAGAAGCAGUCAUCGGAAUUGUAGUCGGUGCUGUUGGUAUAGCGGUCUCAGCAGCACUAUUUUAUUAUUUAUGUAUGCGGAAGAAGAAAGAUAAGGCCUCAACUGAUGAUGGCGGUGAUGAGACCAAUAGAGACCUUCCCCCCACAGUUUUGACAAAUCCACUUAUUGACCUCAGGCCUAAGGACAACAUCAUUAAGGGUGGUAUAGGCGAGGUUAGUGCUGAAGAUCCUGGUGUUGGUCCAGAAAGCACCAUCAUCGAGUUACCCGAGGGCACCGAGACGUCGCGAAAAGGUGAACGUGAGCAAAUCAUUGUCACCGAGCAUGGUGCUGCAAAGAACAUAGAUCCAUCAAAGCUGGAUAUUCCUCCGCAUGAAAUUCAUGGAACACAUCACAUAUCUUCUUCAAGUGUCGAUCUCAGUCAAGGUCAAGGACCGUCGGGUAAUGACUUCGAGUGA